AUGCCUCUUCCCGCUCGCAUGCACGUCCACCACGCCUACGAGGCCUCCUGCCAGUUUAGCCCUGUCACAUCCACCAUGGACAAUCUCUCCUACAACAGAAGACCCUCCAUGGCGUACGAACCGGAACCAGACCACUACUUCGCCGGCCGUCCCAGCCGGGAAAUUCGAGCGAACAAGAUCUACACGCAGACAUACAUCUUGCUCCAACUGCACCUAUGUGAAGUGAAGCAGCGAUGCCGUCUCAUCAAGGUUGGACUUUUCUUCCUCAAUACGUCCUCGACUGCGACUAACUCUGCUAGACGUCGCUGA